UAAUAAAACAAUAAAAAGCACUCCUUUGCAGACACUGCUACCCAAGGUAAUCGAAUAUCUUGGUUCACGCCCAGGGAAGGAUAAUGGAGGCGGGGUUUCGUCCGGAGAAAGAUGAGUCCUUUGGUACUUACAUUUUCACCUCAAGGCAGCCUGGUGCAUUUGCGGUUGUGGAUCUUUUAUGUCGGAUAUACCGGGUACUUAAGAUAAAAGUCAUUGAUCGUCUUCAGUGUGUCCAAGACACAUUGAUCCCGAAACACGUACAACAGAGAGGCAGACCUGGUGGAGGUCAAAUUCGCACAUAUUGCAGUACAUUUCAACUCUCGCUGUUUUGGUAAUAUACUCUCUAAACAUGUCCGAUUCAGAAGAUAUGUCUGAAUUUGGGUCUAUAGUCGAGAGGAUAACAAAAGGCGAGGUUCCAAUGAAAAACAUCGAGCGGGAGCUGAUCUGUCCCGUGUGCAAGGAGCUGUUCACACACCCCCUGAUUCUCCCCUGCCAGCACAGCGUUUGUCACAAGUGUGUGAAAGAGCUACUCCUCCUGACCCACGAGGACUCCUUCACAGAUGGGGGCUCGGAGUGCUCCACCCCGGGGAGCCCCCGCUCUCGCGUCCCCUCUCCCAGCAUGGAGAGACUUGACCGGCUUGUUAGAUCAGCCUCUCUGCGGAGGUCGUUCGGAAGGAGAGGGUCAAGUACCCCGUCAGGAUGGAAACGCAACUCCCUCACUCCUCGGAUUACCAUGUUUCCGUGUCCGGGAUGCCAGCACGGUAUCGAUCUCGGCGAGCGAGGUAUCAGCAUGCUCUUUCGAAACUUCACCCUGGAGGCCAUCGUGGAAAGGUACAGGCAAGCCGCUCGGGCUGCUGUGGCCAUCAUGUGUAACCUGUGCAAAGCGCCUCCCCAGGAGGCCACCAAGAGCUGCAUGGACUGCAAGGCCAGCUACUGCAACGAGUGCUUCAAGGUGCACCACCCCUGGGGAACUCCUAAAGCCCAGCACGAGUAUGUGGGCCCCACCACCAACUUCAGACCCAAGGUGCUGAUGUGUCCAGAACAUGAAAUGGAGAAAGUCAACAUGUACUGCGAAGUUUGCCGAAGACCCGUUUGUCAUCUUUGUAAACUCGGCGGCUCUCAUGCCAACCAUAAAGUCACAUCCAUGACCAAUGCCUAUAAGAUUCUUAAGGAAAAUGGAGAGCAAGCAGAAAGGCAAGUCAAUGAGCAUUUUGAGCGCCUCUUUGACAUCAUUCAAGAGAGGAAGACGGACAUGCUGAAGUCCAUUGAGGUCUCGAAGACCAGGCGUCUGGAUAAGCUGCGCAGUCAGAUGGAGGAGUACCAGGGCAUGCUGGAGAACAGUGGGCUGGUAGGCUAUGCCCAGGAAGUGCUGAAGGAAACGGACCAGUCCUGCUUUGUCCAGACUGCAAAGCAACUGCACACCAGGUUAGGAAAGAGAUGGUUAAACUGGUUUCAUCUCUUAACUGCUUUCCUUCAGAAGUUCAUUCAGGAAAUUUCCAUGGUUACAUUUAAUAUGCAUUUUCCCAUGUUUUUAAAUUGGGUCUAUUCUGCAGUCCAGAGCUUUUCUUACAGUUUUUCUUCUCUCUCAGUUCCUGAUGUGCCAGUCAUUGACCAGUCUCUGAGUCGCGUCUACAAUGAAGGACUGAUCUGCUGGCUGCUGCCAGAGGACUCUUCCCCUACUGACCACUACGUCCUGGAGUACAAGAAGCUGGAUAAUGAAGAGGAGACCUCCUGGCAGAGCAGUGACAAGGUGUACGGGAACAGCAAAGUUGUUUGUGACCUCGACUCCAGCAGCAUGUAUUCCUUCAGGGUUCGGAGCUGCCGCAACUCUGUUUAUAGUCCCUACAGCCGAGAAGUGGCCUUUCAUACACCACCAGCGCCAGUGUUCAGUUUCCUGCUCGAUGACAAGUGUGGAUUCAGCCCGGAGCGCCUGCUUUUGAGCAAGAAACGGGACUCGGUGGAAAGUGUCGCGGGGCUGGCUCUCCUGCUGGGCUCGGAGCGAAUCCAGAUGGGCAGUUACGUUUGCCUGGACUAUAUCGUUGGGGACACGGGCAUCUCUCGGGGGAGGCACUACUGGGCCUUCCAAGUGGAGCCCCGAUCCUACCUGGUGAAGGUGGGCGUGGCCUCGGACACGAAGCUGAAGGAGUGGUUCCACAACCCUCGGGACACGAGCAGCCCCAGGUAUGACCACGACAGUGGCCAUGACAGUGGGAGUGAAGACACCUGCUAUGACCUCUCUCAGCCUUUCACGCUGGUCACCAUUGGAAUGGGAAAACUCAUCAUCCCCAAGGGGUCCAUUGCAGCCUCUGGAGACUACAACAGCCGUGUCUUGCCUAUGCCUCAUCGUAUUGGCAUCUGUCUAGACUAUGAGAAAGGAAAGGUUUACUUUUAUGAUGCGGACAACAUGAGGUGCCUUUAUGAGCGACAAGUGGAUUGCACAGGAACCAUGUUCCCUGCCUUCGGGCUUAUGGGUAGUGGCGGAGUAUGUUUGGAGGAGUUUAUCACAGCUAAGCGUUUGGCAUAUACUGAGGACACUCAGUAGACAAGGACGUCACUGAUCUGUCACGUCUCAUUUCACCUGAUUGUCACCUGGCUGUGAGACUUACACUGCUUUAGUGAAUGAACGAUCAACCUUUAUGGGUGCACAAUAGUGGUUAAAGACUUGAAUCAUGGUG